AUUUUUUUAAAUGUUUUAUCGCGGUCAUUUAUUACUUGAGUAACUAUUUCACUUGACACCGCCCACCAUAAUUCAGCGACAGAAACUUGACUUCAGCAUCGAAAUUCUAUGAACUGAGAGAACCACUGUUGCCUAUUUUCCAGUUCCAACUUCAACAAAUUGACAAAUGACAUUUACCUCACCGAUGUGACAUAGUUAGCCAAUAUGUCUAACCAGAUAUAUAACAUUCCGACAAUCCCUCCUGAUUUGUGGCAGGAAGAUACCAUCAUUCAAAUUGCUGACACAUUGCAGUACCUGUAUCAAGUGACUGAUGAUAUUUUCGACCGCAUCAGCAACAAAGUCAACGAGAACCUUCAGCGUCUGGCCAAAGUAAACGACCGGGUUGGCAUAGCGCAAGCCAAAGUCGAGAAGCUGAAGGGCAGCAACAAAGCGACCAGGGUGUUUGCUUCUGCCAAGUUUCCUUCCACUGAAUACCUCGAUGAAUACAACAGCUUGUUCCGAGAUAAACAGAAUCUAAAAAGCCUGAAGAAAACACACUCAAAGCUGCAGGGACACAAACACACUACGGUCGAUGAGAAAGUGCUCAAAGAGAAAUUACAGUUCUACAAUGUUCACAUUAAUUUGAAAAGUAAACAGCGUGAAGGUGAGGGAGAAGGACUUGGUCGACUGCCCCACAACAUUCCAUCUAUAUCAACUCUGCUGCUCUUUAAUACUUCUGAAAAUCUUUACAAGAAAUAUGUGAUGCUUGAUCCUCUGGGAGUGGUGACAAAGACACGCGAAGAUAUUGGAGAGGAGGAUGGUCUGACUGAAGCUCCAAGCAGUAUUGCCAAAAAUGAGGAGAUUAAACGAUUGGAAGCUGACACUUAUUUCUACGUCCCCAGUAUUGGCAAUGUUCCAGAAAUUACUGCCCCAACUUCCUUACCUGAUUUACCAGGUGUUGCUGAUGAUGUCUCCUACAUGGCUGAUUUGGGCCCUUCUAUUGCUCCCUCCGUACCCAGUAGCAUGCCUGACCUGCCCACCAUUGGGGAGUCUGAUAGCCUUGACUUUGACAAGCCUUCGGUCCACCUUGAUCCCUCAUCACUAUUAUAG